AUGAGCGACACGACGACAGGAGCAAGUAGCUCCACCUCCUCCAAUCCAGUUGGAGAAGGUCAGAAGCUACCAGGUGUUGUGCUGGAUAAAGACGGCAAGCCAUGCCGAUUAUGCACUUCUGCUGCCUCCUGGCGAACAAUGGCCAAAAAGGCUUCGGCUGGUGGUAUGGCAGCCGGUGCUGCUGUUGCAGCUACCAGCUCUUCUUCCUCUGCAUCAUCAACAUCAACAUCGUCGCCAUCCUCUUUGCCAUCAUCGCUUACCUCCUCAACAACGGCAACAACAACAACAAAACCAGAAUGCCCACCUGACGUCGAAGAACUCGGCCGUUCAACAUGGACACUCCUCCACUCUCUAACAGCUACCUACCCUACGCGCGCAUCCGCCGAACAACAAACCGAAAUGCGUUCUUUCCUAGGCCUUUUCUCAAAAUUGUAUCCUUGCUGGGUAUGCGCCGAGGACUUUCGGAGCUGGAUUGCUGAUCCCAGUGGGAAAAAUCAGCCGAGAUUGUCGAGUCGUGCCGAGUUCGGGCAGUGGAUGUGCGAGGCUCAUAAUGCCGUGAAUCGUAAGUUGGGGAAGAAGGAGUUUGAUUGUAAUUUCUGGGAGGAGAGGUGGCGGACUGGUUGGAAAGAUGGGCGAUGCGAAUAG